AUUCUACUGAAAUCAGACUGCAUGUGUGACCCAGGGGUCCGCCUGCUGCCGGGAGCAAACUGCACUCAUUUCCCUGUUUUUUGACAGAUGGAUGCUGUCUUGGCGUAGGGGAGGAGGAUGAGAAAAAACGCCUGGUAUAUUUUUUGGCAUUUUCUCUCAUAGCCUAUUUAUGGGAGGCAGCGACGGCUUGGCCCUUUCUUUAUUAUAGGAAAGAGAUCUCCGCGGUUAGCUAUGUGAAGUAUCGCCUAAUAAUUCUCAUUUCGCGAUCCUGAGGAAUAAUUAUGAACAACGCGCAAGAUAUGUCGCCCGAUUUCGUGUUGAUGCGCCUGGUUUCCGCGGCCGAGGAUGACCGCUUGGACGCAGAAAACAGGAAUCUGCCGCCGGGAGGAGUGGUGGCAGGGCUGGGGAAGGAGGUCCUGGCUCACAGCGGCGUCAAAGCGGGGUUGGAUAUCAGCCGAGAUCCGACGGCGGGCCUCGAGCAUCCCAGCAGCCGCCUGAACAAAGCGCAGGCGAGCGGCGAGGGCACGGCUGCACCUGACACCGGGGUGACGGAGAGCCGAGCCCCGCUGUCCGCGCCUCCUCCGCCGCAGAGCCCCAUGGAGGCCCAGGGCUUUGACUUCGCUCCCAGCCCCGGCCUACGGCCUCAGCUGCUGGUGUUUUCCAAUAUAAUGCGGAACGGAGAGGGGAUUUUAGAAUUAGAUCAUCUGAAUCAGCCGAGGGAUGCUCUGGGUUUGGAGCAGAGCCCGGGGUCUGGCUGCUCCGGCCCGGCUGUCAAUAACAACAACACCCUGAGUCCCGGAGACGUGCAGCAGCAGAACCUGCUGGACCGGACAUGGGGAGCGCAUACGCCGGUCUCAGUAUCCGCGGAGAUGCAGGGAGCUGCGGAGCUAUGCCGCCGGCAUCGACUCAUCACCACCCCACCCGAGUGGCCCUUAUUGUCGGAGAGAUCCAACCCUCUCACCGUGAUUGACUCUAAAUGGGGAUGCGCCACCAGGGACAGAGAGGGAGCCGUGUUUGAGCUGGCCCGGCGGUUCGGGGAGCUGGGGGUCGGUGCGGUACCCAAGAUGCUGUUCAAAGCAGGGGAGCUCCCGCAGUGUUCCUGUCAAGGAGCACACGGGCCGGUAGGACGGGGAGUGGAGCCCGGGGAUGACCCGACAGAGACUAGCGAUGCUUUGUUGGUGCUGGAAGGGCUGGGGAGCGAGGAUGUUGCCGGUCUGGGCAUGGACGAAUGCCCGGAGGAUGAGACGGAUGAUGAGAACGGACGCCGCGAGUUUUUGCUCAAUAGGAAAAGGGAAAUAGUUAAGAAAAUGUCCGGGGCUUUCUCCAUCAGCAGUUUCCAAGCGGAGCUGAGGAGGCAGGUGGAGGAGAUGGCACCGGCGGCGACAGAGGCGGCGGCAGCGGCGAACCUCGGCGCGCAGGUGUGCAGCCUUCAUGGGAACUUAUCUAGCCGGCAGGUAACCUCUGGGGAAUCAGAGGUGGCCACCCAGGUUUCAGCCACGUCCCCGUCACCUACACCGGUACAGAGCUCACCUUGGGCCACAAGCCCAAACCAGAGCCAGGCGUCGACACCGAGGAGGCGGCCGGAGCGGUGCGCCAGUGCGCCGCGGACUCCCACGGGUCGGGCAGGUGGAGAAAAGACACUCAAAGUUCCAGGGAAGUCCAAAAAGGGCUCGUUAAAGAUCCGCCUGAGUAAACUGUUCCGGACUAAAAGCUGCAGCGGCUCCAAUCACCUCCUGGACAAGAGGCCCUCAGUGACCUAUUCAGUAUCUUCUGCCGGGAGUCUGGUGGACAUGGCCGCUGGUGCUGAGCAGGAUGCGGACAGCCACAGCCAGCCCAGACUGACCAGGGCCCACAGUGCCUUCUCCCCUGCCUCGCUCUCUGCCUCGCUCUCUGCUUUCACUGAUGACAUAGCCGGGCCUCAGCCUGGCCCUUUCCUAGUGAGUGUUAUGGGAGCCUCCCUGCAGUCCCUCCCCCUGCCUCUCCCCCCUCCUCCUCCUCCUUCCCACGCCACCAUCCAGCACAGUCUCAGCCUCAAUGACGCUUUCCUCCGGGCCCUUCCGCAUUCAAACCCAUUGCCGGCUGAUGCUCCACCCACCGCGAGACAGGCUCCGCCCCCCAUGCUGUGCGCCCUACGGCGGUCUGAAGCCAGUAACUUCACCGCCAGUCUGAGAGAGCUGGAGAAGUGUGGCUGGUACUGGGGUCCGAUGAACUGGGAGGACGCAGAGAUGAAGCUGAAGGGGAAACCGGACGGAUCUUUUCUGGUCCGAGACAGUUCAGACCCCCGAUACAUCCUGAGCCUCAGCUUCAGGUCACAGGGAGUGACACACCACACACGCAUGGAGCACUACCGCGGGACGUUCAGCUUAUGGUGUCACCCGAAGUUUGAGGACCGCUGCCAUUCGGUGGUGGAGUUCAUUGAGCGAGCCAUCAUGCACUCCAAGAACGGCAAAUUCCUCUACUUCCUCCGCUCCAGAGUCCCAGGGCUUCCUCCCACUCCGGUUCAGCUGCUGUAUCCCGUAUCUCGCUUCAGCAACGUGAAGUCGCUGCAGCACCUCUGUCGCUUCUGCAUCCGACAAAUCGUCCGCAUCGACCACAUCCAGGAGCUUCCACUGCCCAGACCGCUAAUCUCCUAUCUGAGUAAGUUUUAUUACUACGACCCCGAGGAGGAGAUGUACCUGUCAAUCAAGAGCAUCCGGAGGGUGGUGGGAGCAGAGCAAGCGACCGAGUCGCAGACGUAGCAGCAGAGAUCUUCUCAUCUCAAGUUUCUGUAUGGAGGACUGAUCUCUACUGGUCUGCCAGUCUUCCAGCAUCAGCCGGUCAGAGUCCCUGGAAAUCUCUGUGUCCAGUUGGACUGGGAUGGACCCACCUCUCUGUUGAUUUGGACUCAUGAAAGGAGGGAAAGUGUUUGCGAUUGGAUGGUGGGAAAACUGCCGACGCAGAGGACUCAGCCUCGUCUGAGGAGGGACUGAAAAAAUUUUCUCACCUGCAAAGACGUCGGCAAAAUCAAAAGGAGAGCCUGAAUUAUGAACUCACUUUGCAAAUUUCCUGACCCUGAUGAACUGGACUUUUAAAACACAAUGCACUGGUCGAUUUGUACAACUGUCGUUUUGCUGCCGUUUCUUUGUUUUUUCUUCCAUUCUGUCAAAAUGAGGUUUUUGGAUUAAAAGACGCCCUCAGGAUAGAUAUACACACACAGAGGAAGGGCAACAGAGGCCCACCAUCCAGCAUUUGGACAGUCGAGGUACAAGUGGUUUAAAAAACACAAGCCACCAUGUUGGAGGACUGAUAAACUCAAGGUCAGGUGAAAUUCACAUCAUAAAUCAUCCAGUAACCUACAGACUGUUUGGUUUAUCUGCCUUUAUCUGCCUGAGAAGAACAAUAAUCCACUGUUAGCUACAGUGCUAAAGCUAAUGAAAAUUACACAAGUGACAUAAAAUUUGAUUAAAAAUUGAAAUCAAGAUUUAAUCAAUUUAAUAGAAGUGCUUUCUGGAGCAUGAACACUGCAACAUUUGAAUGUAUUGAUGGUGUCUUAACUGUUGAUCGAUCCAUUUGCAUCAUAGGUUAUUAUUUGUACCUUGUUGAAAACUUUUUACUAGCUGAAAAGGUGAGUCAAAACCUGAAUCACAGAGGCUGCUUUACUUAGUCUCACUUCAAUAAUUUGGUCUGACAUCAUGUUCAUGUUAGCUGAUUUCCAUUUGGAAGAAGGGAUUAAUUUAAAGUUUGUCAUGUUGAUUGAAGAAAUACACGCAUCAAGCA